AUGGCUCCUGAAAGACCGACAUACCGCCACUGGCUAACUUCCCCCCACCAUGACAUCAACGCAACAAAUGAGUCCUGGGGUGCGACUAAGACGGCCCACGCAGCAAAUGAGUCCUGGGGUGCGACGCCAUGUCCUCCAGUUCUGGGUGCUGCCGCGCACCUGUCAGUAACGGUCUCGACAACUCCUGUCCCUGAAGCUUCAGCCUUCUGCUUUAGUCUUCGGAAGGUGAAACCUAAAGGGAGAUACUCCGAGUUUCACGGACGGACGACGGCACACGCGGUGGUGCGCUAGUUCCGGGUAGGGCAGAUGUCACGCGCAAUGUAGGCAUCCAAUCGCACUUCUACACCAGUUCGGGGGAUAGCUUUACACUCCCACACCAAAGAGUCAAAAGAUGAAUGCACUCGGCGACAAUCUGGUGUAGAGGCGAAGAUUGCCUGUUCGGUCCACUCUAUUGAUAUGGUGAAUGCGAAACCACGCAACAAACGUUUAACGUCGUGACGGUUCUACGGCUUUCGGCACGAGGAAUAAGUGGUCUUGAUGGAGCAACAAGCAAAUACUUGAUAUCUACAGCAAACUGGUUACUUUCUAACACGCGACAUUUUCUUGGGUACUUCGCUUCGUGUGGCGGUGGCUGUUGUUGCUGAUCUCUCGCACCAAGGCUAAGCUGCUGUUCCCUGUCCAACGAGACUCAUCAUAACCUCCCCCCUUCGGAAGGCAAUAAUUCACGGUGUCGGAGAAGUGAUAUUACGCCGCGGGAGAUCCCCCCUUGCUGAAGACAUCCAGAGGGUGUUUGCAGCAAUACAUGGUACUCCCGCGACGUACUUCGAACGUAGGAGAAACUCCCGCCCAUGCCAUGGCGUGGAGUACCCGAUACACUCACAACUACUGGAAAACAACUGGACGAUAGCAUGCUAUUUUUGCAGGAUUGAAAACGGACUACGCGUGCCACAUGAUUGGACACACACGCGCAGUGCGUGGGAGGGUACUCGAGCAAAACAAACGGUAAGCAGCGGGCAAGCGCAUNCCGGUUGUGUCAGUAAGCUGGUCACACACAAUGUGCGUGCUCAAUGAAUAUUCGCAGCGACACAGACACAGCAGACAACGGAAGAAAACGCGAGCGUGAAGUUGGUAGUGUUAGGAGAGUUAUGUAGGCGGUUGUGUCAAUAAGCUAGUCACACACAAUGUGCGUGCUCAUUGAAUAUUCGCAGCGACACAGACAGCAGACAACGGAAGAAGCGCGUUAGGAAAGUUGUUAGUGCUAAGAGUUGGCUGGUUGAUCAAACUCAGUCUGCGCUUUUGAACAUUCGUCGGUGUGUGAACCUUGUGUUUGCGAGCAUGGGAUGGUUGCGAGGCAGCCGAAUCGGAAGCACGAGUGAUGGAAUAGUUCGUGGGGCAUGACGCGCGUGGGAGAUUCGACCGGCGUUUCAGACCGACCUCACGGUCUAGCAGCUGCCCGCGCGAGAGAUCUCUUUUGGAUCUCCGUUGGCACGACAAGCGCUGCUAAUGCGUACGGGGGCCGUGCCGGAUAAUCCCCUCGCUCUUCGAUAGUGCCCGACAUGCCCUCAGAAACCCGUGCUUCUGGCCGCGGCACCUCCCCCCUUGCGGAAAGCAGUACUCCGCGGUCCCCGGGAAACUGUGCUGCGACGGUCACGUGAUAUCCCCCCCACGAAAAGUGGC